AUGCCUUCUCACAGGGACUCGUGGUCCUACCAUGUCGUUUCCUCUUCGACCAGGCCACCUCUGGUUAUCAUCGACGCCGUCCCCCGUCAGAUAUCUCAACGGCGCCUGCCCGAGUCGGCUUUUCGGUCGAGGACCUUUGUCCUGCCGCCAGCACCAUGUCCGCCCUACCUCUCUCUACCAUGCUCCCCAAGGUCUUCUAUAGACCCGUUUAUGCUACAGCUUUCCCAAUCCAGCAUCGACUCCCUGUUUCCCAUAAACCUUCUUCCCCCGUCGCCCUUUCUCCUCUCAUCAUAUCAGCACCAGCUCCUCACCGAUGUCAUCCCCGCCCAUACCACCGUCAAUGUAGACAACUGCUCGUCGUCGUUGUUUGAAGUCAUGCUAGGCUCUUCGGCACUGACAACAGCAGAGUUCGCGACCUUUCUCAACUUCCUUGCCCGUUCGAAGAUCAGCCGCGAGAGCUACGCUGGUGGCGCUGCCUAUUUGGGAUUUUGCCCCCCGACUGGAACCGGGGCAACGGAUCUCUUACUUGGGAAUACCGUUCUUUGGACGUUACAUCCGAACCCCCGUGACGUCUGGACGGCCACCGUCGACACCCCCCUUCCUACAGCUAGCCAUUUGGGGCAACAAUGA